AGGAAGGAGAUAGUGGCUGUGGCUUUAAAACCCUGAGAGGGGCUGGUAACCCGCCAGUCCCUGGGAGGAGCAUGGCCCUGUACGUGGGGCUCCUGUUGGUUUGGGCCUGCUGGCAUCUCAGUGCAGCCAGUCAUCUGCUGUUCCUGGAAGAAGAUGUUUCUAUACCAACUGUAGAAUCUAUGAAUUACUUUCCAGAAGUCAAAGAUGGCAAGUGUUUCUUUCCAUUCUACUAUAAAAACCAAGUGUUCUAUGACUGCAUCAAGUUCAAGGCAAAACACAAGUGGUGCUCGUUAAAUGAUACUUACGAAGGAUAUUGGAAGUAUUGCUCUGAAGAAGACCUCGCAAAAUGUGUGUUUCCCUUCUGGUACAGACGCAUGAUCUACUGGGAAUGUACUGAUGAUUCGGACGGGUUUGGGAAAAAAUGGUGUUCACUGACCCAGGAUUAUAACAAGGAAAAGGUCUGGAAAUAUUGCGAUCUGUAGUGAGAUUUAUUAGGGGAGGGGAUGAAGAGGUUGACUUGUUCUCCUGGGAAAGAAUCUAUAAUUUUUGUUGGGAAAGGAGGAGGUAAGACCCUCAUUAAAAGGGUGUUUUUUAUUUUUUUUUCCUGAGACGUGAGUUGAAGGUGUUCUGGCUAUUAAUAACUUGGGGUUUUGAUUAUGGGUUCUGGGGUUUUGAUCUAGAAAUCUAUAUUCUAGCCUCAGCACUUUUACUUGCUGUGUAAAAUUAGGCCCUUUACAAAGGAUUAUAUGGACUUUGAAUGAUAAUGAGGUGUCAAUGUAGGUUCUUCGAUUGUAAUAAAUGUCCGAGUCUGGUGGGGGACGUUGGUUAUAGGGGAGGCUGUGCAUGUGUGGUGGUGGUGAGAAGGGGGUACAUAGGAACUCU